AUGAAAAGCAAGGAACUUUGGACCUCUGCAAUAGAUUAGCCCAAGGAUGCGAAUUCCAACAUUACCAACCAAGUUUUCGCAUGUGCAUUUUUGAAAGAUGGUGAUAUAUUCGUGGCAGCCGUGGGUAAUGCACUUCUUCUUUUCGAUACCUACAAAUCUGACAUGCUGUGUCCACCCUUGAGAGGACAACACAAGGAGACAAUCACUUGUUUGGCCACCUCUAAGGAUGGAAACAAAUUGGUGUCUGGAAGUCAGGAUAAAACAGUUGUGGUUUGGAUGUACAAUAGUAAAAAAAGUGAUCGUUUGUUGGAGCCAGAGAAGUGGUUUUCUCAUAGUGAUGCUAUACAAUGUGCAGCGAUUAGUCCAUUGUAAUAGCAGAUCUUCACAGGGUCGAAUUAGGAGUAUUCCCUUUGGAUUCCUGGAAUGAGCAACAUCGAGCGAUAAAAGUUUAAGGAGAAGAUCAUUUGUUGUGCCUGGAGUGCAGACGGGUAAUAUGUAUCCUUUGGAACCAUAAGUGGUUUGAUUGUAAUUACGGACAGACAGGCACAAAAUCUGAAAGAGAUAUAGACUCAAAAAGGAGGACCUGCUUGGUGUAUGGAGUGGUCUCCAAUAAAUUCAGAUAACCAAUAAUCUUAACUUACAGUGGGAGUUUGGAUGAAUUCUUUAUAUCAAUUCGAUUAGAAUGGAUAAUAAAUUGGAGCCAGAAUAGAACUGCCCUUCGAUCCAUUACAUAUCAAUUUUUAGCAUAAUGGAGAGUACAUGGCAAUUUCAGGCAACAAUAGUAAAGUCAAUUUGUACACGAGAGAAGGGGGAUUCCUAUUCGAAGUAUGUUAGCAACAAGAUUGGAUAUGGUGCACUAAAAUUAAGCCCAAAUCAACCUUAAUAGGUUGUGGCACGAAUGAUGGAUAAAUCAUCAUUUAAGAAUUGAUUUCUGAUACUGUUAUUGGAUUAUAUAAUGACAAGUUUAUAAGCAGAGAGCAAUUGACUGAUGCUAUUAUAGUGUCAAUGAAUUCAAAUUAAAAGGCUAGGAUAAAAUGUAAAGAGUUGGUCAAGAAGGUCGCUAUUUUUAAGGAGAAAGUCGCCGUUCUGUGUGGAAUCAAGGUUCUAAUCUAUACUUGCGUGAUAAAGGGAGAUGAUUAUAUGAAGUACAAACAAUUCAAGAAGUUUGCCAAAAGAGUGGAUUGCGACCACUUCUAAUUGUCAUCCUCCAAUGUUUUAAUAGGUGGAGGUUAGAAAUUGAUUGCCUUCAAUUUUAAUGGUGAUAUGGAUAGAACAUGGUCCUUUGAAGCACCUAUUAGUUUUGUUAGUGUUUAAGGAGGCCCUCCUAAAAGGGAAUUGGUGUUGGUUGGAUUAGAGAACGGGGGAAUUUAUAAAUUGUUCUUAGAUAAUUCAUUUCCGAUUCAAGUUCAUAAGGUCAACACUUAGAUCAAAUAUCUGACCAUGUCUCAAACUAAAAGAAAGUUGGCUUUGAUUGAUGGCAAUUCGAAUCUCCAAGUUCUUGACACUAUCACUAAGGAAGUACUAUUUGGGGAGAUGAGUGUGGAAGGAGUAGCAUUCAAUGAGGAGUUUGAGGAUUUGAUUGCUUACUCUGGCAAGGGAUUAUUGUUUAUUAAAUGUAUAGCAUUUUAAGCAUUGAAUUAAAAAAUAAAUGGAAAUGUUAUAGGGUUCAAGGGAUGCAAAAUAUUUUUAUUUGAUGGCUCAAAACCUUAGACGAUUGUUAUCCAGCAGACUGCAAAUAUGUAGAAGUAUUUAGAGAAGAAGGACUUUUAGAAUGCUUUGAAAAUAGCAUGUUUGGGAGUUACAGAAUAAGACAUUAGAGCAUUGGGAAUAGAAGCAUUGAUUGCAGGAGAAUUUGAUAUUGCAAGAAGAUGUUUUUUGAGGAAUAAAGAUUAUCAAUAUAUAGAUUUGUUGUAGAAGUAUGAGAAAAGGAAUUUGGAUGCACAAACGUUGAAUGAACUCAAUGCAGAGACACUGGCAUAUCAAGGGAAGUUCAUUGAUGCAGGCAAUCUGCUUAUAAAGGUCGGUUUGGCAGAUAAAGCAGUUUAACUGUUCAAAGAGUUGAAACGUUGGGAUGAAGCAAAAAAUUUUGCAAAGAAAGGAGAUGUGGCAUUUAGGGCUGUGACAUCAGGAGGGAGAACAGGCACUGGAGUCAGAGCACCAACAUCACAAGGGAGAACAGGCACUAGUAGAGGAUAGGCUGUGAUACCAUAGCCAUAAGAUAUAGCAGCUCCAAAGAUAGAAAUGAAUAUGUUAUUGAGAGAAGAGGCAGAGUGGAUGAAGGAGUCAGGAGAUUGGAAGGCUGCUGCAGACUUAUUUGUAUAAUGUGGAGAAUUCAAGAAAGCCAUUGAUUUGUAUGGGUAGAAUAAAAAUAUCGAUGGAUUAAUUAAUGUUUGUAGAAUGAUGGACAGAUAGGACAACACAGACAGCAUUGUCUAAUGUGCCAAUUACUUUAAGAAACUCAAACAUCAUGGAGGCGCUAAGGAGGCCUAUCUUAAAUUGAAUGACUUGUAGAGUCUGAUGGCUUUGCAUGUUGAAUUUGAGAAAUGGGAAGAAGCCUUUCAAAUUGGUCGCUCAAAUAAACAAUUGCUUGAGAUUGUCAAAGUUCCUUAUGCCAAUCAUCUAUUGCAGAAUGAUAGAUAUGAGGAUGCACUCAAAGCCUAUAAAAGUGCUGGAAGAUAUGAUAUAUCAAUGAAGAUGACUAAGGAUAUGGCUAAGAAUUGUAUUGAAGAAUAAAGGUAUCAUGAUGCUAGUCAAUAUCUUUGGAAUCUAGCUAUUGAUUGCCUUACUCAAAUUGCUGAUUAUCAUAAUCCCUCUGGCGAUGAUGUCAAAUCAAUUAGAUAGUAUUAAGACUAUAGUGAUUUAGCUGAUGUCUAUUUUGCUUAUCAAAAGAUACAUAGUUUUAUCGGAGAACCCUUCCAGCCUCUGUCUGGAGAAAAUUACUUCUUACAAAUAAUGAAUGCAGCUCGAUUUAUCAUCUCUAAGUGGAAAAGCACCUAUCAAGGAAUUAAAAUGAGCUAUGUCUAUUAUUCUCUUGCAAAAUGUGCAUCUCAACUUGGAUGUUACAAAACUACUCGUAUUUGUUAUGAAAAACUCAAUUCAUUCAAAGUACCACCCGAAUGGAGUGAAGAAAUAGAUCUUUAAUCUAUGCUUAUCAGAUCCAAACCAUAUACAGAUGAUGAAUCGAGAUUGCCCUUUUGUGCCAGAUGUCAAACAUCAAAUCUUAUGUUAAACGAAAAUCAAAAUUGCUCUUAAUGCAAUGUUUGUCUUCAUCCUCUUUUUUCAUCCUUCAUCACUUUUUAAAAUCUUCAAGUCGUAGAAUUCAAGGUUGAUAACGCCUUAUCCAGAGAGGAUGUUGAGAAAUUGCUUAAUACUGAAAAAGUCAUAACCAAUAAACGACCAGGUUAGCUCUUUUAAGACAAAAUGAAUGAAAUUAUUCAAUAAUAACAGACCUCGCAAGAUCAGUAUUUGGCAGUUGAAUUAGAUGAAGCGACAAUUAAAUCCCUAUCCCCUGAAGAAGUCCUUAUUGUUGAUCUCAGGCCAUAUUGCAGAACUAUUGAUGUCAAAUACUAUAAAAAUAUGGAUUCCUCAUAACCAAUUCAUGUAUGUCCUGACUGUACAAGAUUCUUUUUCAUUGACGAACAUGAAUUUGAGUAUGUUCAAAAGAAAUGUUGUCCGUUCUGUAGAACCACUGAUAGAAAAAUACCACAGAAGGAUAUAUUUGAUCUUUGA